UGCAAAAUAUAAAAGAAAUACAAAGUAAAAACGGACGAUUAAUCUAUAGCUUUUCACUCCUGUCCUGUAGAGGGCAGUAAGACCGAGGAUAAGUUACCGACCGUCUGUUGUUUAGACAGCAAGCCAACCUGAAGCCAACAUGUCGGAGUACAAAUCUGUCUCCAAAGGGUCUUUAAAGCUGAAAGGAGUCUCUUUAGCAAGUAAAAAGAAAAAGAAGAAGGACAAGGAAAGGAAGCGUUUGGAGGAGCAGGCUAUGACAUUAGAGGAGCAGGCUAUGACAUUAGAGGAGCAGGCUAUGACCAGUCAAAAUGAAAACGGAACUAAGAAAGUUUAUGUUGAUAAAAGGACGCCAGCACAGAUAUCAUUCGACAAAAUACAAGAAAAAAGGCAAAUGGAAAGAAUUUUGAAGAAGGCCUCCAAAACACAUAAGAGAAGAGUUGAGGAUUUCAACCGACACCUGGAUUCACUGACAGAGCAUUAUGACAUUCCCAAAGUCAGCUGGACUAAAUAAAUGUCAAUGGCUUUUCAGCUGGAUGCUUUCAGUGCAAAAACACCUGCUAUGAUACUAAUUUUCUAACAAUGAGUACUGAAAAAAAGAUACAGAGUGAUUUUAACAUGUAGCUGUUAUACUCUGUGAUAUAUUUUUCUUUUUAAUUUCUAUUUUCAGGCCACUGUAUGUUCAAAAGUUUAAUUGUCCUGCAAUUUCUCAGUAAGGUCAACUUGUCUGCCUGCAGUGAUCAUUAACUUUUGGUUAAACUAUUAAAAAACCUCUUUACCUUGCCAUAUAAGUACAGGAUGUUAUUUUGUAUUAUUUGCAUGCUGUAAUAGUUACUGGUUUAAGAAUGACUUAGCUGAGACCAUUGGGUUUCACAUUAAUACUUGUUUUAUGUUGCAUAUGGACAGCUUUAUCUUUUUAUUUAUUAUUCAAACUUGUGGAUGAUAUUUUUUUCUCAUGAUAUAUUCAUUCUGUGUUCAUUAAAUGUCUAUGAUUGGCAAAUCAGAGUUCCAUACAGAAACCAGAAGCUAUGUAAUCAUUUCAAAUAAAGACUAGUUAUUAGUUUCA